GAAAACGUUGCUUUUUGAGGUUGGGAGUGGAGCCAAAGGUUGAUAGACACCUUGGUGUCAGUUGAGUUAAAACCACUGAAAACGAUGGAUGAAUUAAAGGCGUAUUACAAGUUGAGCAUAUUUCUCAUGUCGAUGAUUGGCCUCUGGCCGUACCAGAACGCGAAACUUCGACUAUUCCAAGUUUGCUUUAUCAAUAUCUCGAACGGAUAUUUUUUUAUAGUUCAGGUAAUGAUAUUCAAAACCAUGAAGUUUACGAUAAAUCUUCUAUUGAAGAAUCUGUCGACGUUGCUAAUGUUCCUGGGCUCUGUCGUAAAGUACAAUGCGUUUUGGUAUCACUCCAAUACAAUUAAGGACUUUAUGGAACGCACGAAACACGACUGGAGCACGAAACACGAAGACAUACUUAAAAUCUUAGAGACUCGGACCACUGCGGGAAAGUAUCAUGCGACGUGCUACGCUAUUUUUGUUCUGCCGUCGGCAUUGUUUGUCACUACAUGUCACAUAGCAUCUCUUAUUCUAAUCAAAGAGACUGAGAACGGGACUCGAACAAACUAUUUUCCAAUAAUGACGGAAUACAUGAUCGACGAGGAAAAGUACCUGUACCCCAUUGUAUUCCAUCAGAACUUAUCUUUGCUCAUAUGCGCAAGCGUAUUCAUGGGUACGGAAACAUUGUACAUUAUGUGGCUGCAUCACGCCGCCAGCCUGUUCGAAAUCUCUAGGUAAAGAGUUCUAAUUACUCUAUGGAAGUCUCACAAGCAAAGCACAUUAAUCAUCGCACUGUACAGAACCAUUGUUAUCCUAUCACUUUGCCAGAGUUCCUUUGGCAGCACAUUGUUUAUCUAGGCGUCACGGUUUUAUCAAACAGCAAUGUAUUCAUAUCGUGGAUAGUUCAUCCGUCAGUUAUGAAUUAUUCAUGAAUAGUCAGUGCAUCGUACGGUGUGUAAA